AGAGCGGCAGACAGAAAGUCACCGGGACGGAGUGAGGGGGAGCGGGGCUGCGCUCUCUGCCUCCAAAACAGUUCACGUUACGCACCGCGGCAGUAUUCCGCCUGCCUCUGCACUCCCAGCCGUCAUCCACCCCCACCACCACCACCACCAGCAGCAGCAGCAGCCGGCUCUCUCCACUGUGACGGACCGGACCGGAGCAGAGAAGUCCGCGCACGCACCGAGCAGCCUCUGUCCCGAGCCACCGCGCCGUGAAUGCGCAUGGUUGAGCCCAGUCCUCCAGCGCUGCACCUCCUCUCCGGCGUGGAUGUGAGCAUGGCAGGUGUUGGUGUCAAAGUAGAGCAGGACGAGUCCAGUGGAGGAGGAGGAGUCAUUACGACUGCUGAACCCCCUAAGACGUCGCCCUCCCGUGAUUGGUCAGGAAAUCAUCCACUGGAGGCCCGCCAGUUGACCCCACCGCUCUCCUGCUCCCCUUUGGAGGGCUCUCCAGGUAAAGAGCUGCCUCACAGACAAAGCCCCCUGGGACUGAAGGAGGCCAGGACACAUGAUAGACCAGAGGGACAGUCCAACUUCAAGGAAGUAAUGCCUACCAUUGAGAAGCUGCUGAAUGCUGACUGGAAGGAGAAACUUCUGGAUAAAAGCACAGUGGGGGCAGGACCACUGAAAGGUACCCCAGAGUCUCUGGCAGAGAAGGAGCUCCAGCUGUUGAUGAUGAUCAACCAGCUGAGCGGUCUGAGGGAGCAGCUACUGGGAGCCCACUCCGAGCAGAGGAACAUGGCCGCCCUGCUGCUGGAGAAGCAGCAGCAGCAGAUGGAGCUGGCUCGACAACAGCAGGAACAGAUCGCCAAGCAGCAGCAGCAGCUGAUACAGCAGCAGCACAAGAUCAACCUCCUUCAGCAGCAGAUCCAGCAGGUGAACAUGCCCUAUGUGAUGAUUCCGGCUUUCCACCCCAACACCCAGCCCCUCUCGGUCACCUCUGACCCCCAGAUGACUUUGCCACUUCAACCAAUCCCCUGCAAGCCAGCUGUGGACUAUCCCAUGCAGCUGCUGCAGAACCCUCACCCCACCCCUGUCAAGCGGAGCAGUGGUUCCUUCCGACAGGAACCCAGUCAGCCCUUGAACCUGACCUCCAAGCCAAAGGGGCUGGAGCUGGGGAAGACACCCAGUCCGCAGAGCAUGGAGCUGGGAUCGCUAGCGCUGCAGGGAGCCUACAGGCCCAGAGAUCUCCAUAGAGAAGUGUCCCACAGUCCGCCUCGAUCUGCCCUCAGUUUCCUUGGGGACGGCGACGUGGUCACCCAGGCAAUCCACGAUGCCCAGCUGCUCCUGAGGAGCCACAGCUCCGGAGGGCGAGAGAGGGAGAGAGACAGGGAGAGAGAGCGAGAUGGUGGAGGAAAGAUGGAGUAUAAAGAGUCUCCCCGCAGCGAGAGAAUUCCUCACUCCGAGCGGGGUGACAGACACGGCUUGCCGUCCACUGAGGACCACCUCAGCAGUGACUCUGAGGGUGCCCUGCCCGUCUCGGCCCCCGGCAGCUACACUGAGGCCCGGCCCCCUCCCUCCUCAGGCCACAUCAAGAGACCCAUGAACGCCUUCAUGGUGUGGGCCAAAGAUGAGCGCAGGAGGAUCCUGCAGGCCUUCCCCGACAUGCACAACUCCUCCAUCAGCAAGAUCCUGGGCUCCAGGUGGAAGGGCAUGUCCAACCAGGAGAAACAGCCGUACUACGAAGAGCAGGCGAGGCUGAGCAGGCAGCAUCUGGAGCGCUACCCGGACUACAAGUACAAACCCCGGCCCAAACGGACCUGCAUUGUGGAGGGACGGAGGCUGAGGGUAGGCGAGUACAAGGCCAUGAUGAAGAGCCGCCGGCAGGAGCAGAGAGCGACCUACACACACAGUCAAACGGAACCGCAGCAGAUCCACUAUCCCCACAGCGACGGGCAGUACCCGGGCGGCGCCGGCUCGGUCCCGGUGGCGACCAUGCCCUUUCACCCUGCAUUACUGGAGCACUACCUGCCGCAGGUCCCGCCCGCGCCGCGCCGAGCGGAGGGCCAGGCCACGCCCACCUCCCUGCCCAGAGAGAGAGAGAGGGAGAGAGAGAGGGAGCGGCCUCCCUACAGCGAAGGGGAGGAAAGCGACGGGGGAGAGAGGAGUGAGGGGGAACUGGUGCUCCUGACAGACUGA